AUGUUACGGGUUCCCCGUUUCGCAAGGUAUGUUCGUAUACUUGGGCGUCGAUUUUCAUCAGGGCCUCCCAAAUCAGAUCAUUAUAAAUUUGAACGACCGGGAGCGCAAUUUAGAGAAGACCGCAUUCCAAAACAGUCAGAUGUCGUAGUCAUUGGUGGUGGAGUAAUUGGCUGGUCUGUGGCAUUUUGGAUUCGAUACCUAGCUAAAACUACAGUAACUGUGAUUGAGCGCGAUCCUACUCUAUCUCGUGCUUCAAGUUUACUGGGUCUUGGCAAUAUUCGAACUCAGUUCUCUGAAGCUGAAAAUAUUCAAAUGGCCCUAUUUACCGCCGAAUUUCUGCGUGACAUUGAGGAGCAGCUUUCAGUCAUUGAUGAUGAAAUACCUGAUAUAAACUUUAAUCCCCAUGGAAAUCUCAUCUUAGCGGAUGCUAAAAAUGCAAAUCAAAUGAAAAGGAACUACCAAUUACAGGUGGCUCUAAAAGUUCCGAAUCGCCUUAUGACUUCUGAUGAAGUGAAUAAGCGUUGGCCUUGGAUCAACACAACUGAUAUAUCUUUGGCUUCUUAUGGCGACAGAAAUGAGGGCUGGUUCGAUCCCUGGCUACUUGUUCGUAGACUUCGAAACAAGGCUCACACUUUCGGGGCCAAUUAUGUCGUGGGGGAAGUUGAAGAAUUCACAUUCUUCAAUUCACUCACCCGCACCACCUUCCAAGAUCGGCCUUUGAGAGCCCCAUUAGAUGCACCAAGAUUAAGUGAAGUUGCGAUUCGAACACCGGCGGGAGAUGUGGAAAAAAUAGCCUUCCACAUGGUUAUCAAUUGUGCUGGAGCUUGGUCGGGAGAUAUUUUGAAAAUGGCUAUGGCUAAUAUCAAAGAGGACAUUUUGCCACUUCCUCUUGAAAAGCGGAAACACAAUAUCUUCAUAGUGCGUCCAGAUUACUCACAAUCCUCUCAGUCUUUCCCAGGAAUCGAUUGUCCUAUCCUUUUGGAUUCUACUGGUCUUAUGGUUCAACGUCAAGGCCUAACUGGCGACUUUGCAGUCUGCAUGAAUCCCUCAAUGCCCCGCGAAGGCAAACCCGUGAAUUCGGAGAACCUAGAAGUCGAUUACUCUGAAUACCAUGAGCAUAUUCAGCCGCUUUUGGCGAAAAGAAUACCAACCAUGGCUACAUCACGUAUCCAGACGGCUUGGGCGUGUUUCAACGAUUACAACCCUGUGGACCAAAGUUUAAUUGUUGGACAGCACCCCUAUCUCUACAAUAUGGUCAUGGCCACUGGCGCCUCAGGCCUAGGAAUCCAGCACGCGAUUCCCAUUGGCCGAGCAGUGGCUGAACUCGUUCAUUACAAGCAUUACAAAUCCAUUGACCUUACACGAUUCUCUUUCGAUAGGUUCUAUCUGAAAGCACCGUUUGCAGAGAAGUCUGUGUUUUAG